UAACUGUGUGUUUGUGAAGAUUAGAGAGAGGUAUGUGUUUGUAGAGUACAUCCCAUUACCCGAUAAUAACAUCGACAACAACAACAGUGACCACUGAAUUCCAAAAAAUCACCACUUCUUCGACUAUAUAGUCAUCGUCAGCGCCGUAGACAUCCAAAGACAUCGACGACAACCACAACAAUACAAAAGACUAUACACUCGGGAUUCAAACAAAUAUGGAGCCAAACGACGGCAAACCGGACGAGUUUUCGGUAAUUGUGGCCAUAAUCAAGACACUGGUGUUUGUCUAUACCUACCUGACCUACGGUAUCUACUAUGCCGUACAACAGCCGUGGCUGGCGUUGGCCAAAGCCCAUCGAAGGCGUGCCCGACGCGAGAAUCCCGACGAUCCCUACUCGCCGUGGAUACCGAUUCCGGUCGACGAUCGACCAGCGAAACACUAUCUGCACGACUGUCGGACAAUACCCGAAGCUCAGCAACGAUCGCUGACAAUGAACUCGCCAGACGAACCGUGUCUCGGCUAUCGGCGUAUACUGGCCGAAGAAUCGGUCAAACAACGGGACGGCAAAGUAAUGAAAAAGUGGCGAUUGAGUGACUAUCAGUGGCUCAGCCGACGCGAAGUUGACGAUAGGAUUGCGGCCAUCAGUCGCGGUCUGUUACUCAAUGGCGUUAAACCCAAAGAUGUUGUUUUGAUUGUUUGCGACACUCGUCUCGAGUGGUUCCUCACAGCUCAGGCCGUUUUUCGUAUCGGCGCAGCCAUCAGUACACUGUAUACAACACUGGGCGACGAAGCCCUGAUCUACGGUAUCAAUGAAGUCCAGGUAACACAUAUUGUUACCACCGAAGACCAGUUGGCAAAGUUUGCCAAAUUUCGCAAUCGAUUGCCAACUGUCGAGACGAUUAUCUAUAUCGAGUUGGACUAUAGACGGAGCAGUAGUGUCGGCGGCGGCAGCGAACCAGAUGUCGAACUGUCCAAAUGGGACGUUGAUUUGGUUCCGUUCGAACAGCUCGAAAGGGAUGGCCUGUCAUCGGCCGACGACAAAAAUCUGGUCGGUGUUAGUCCAGGCGAAGAUGAUAUCGCAUUGAUUCAGUACACGUCAGGCUCAACCGGAGUGCCCAAAGGUGUUAUACUAACACACAAACAGGUUAUGUUUGUCAUGUGUAUGUCGUUGGACAUCACUCAGGAACAAUGGUCGGAUACACCCAACCAAACCUAUAUUGCAUACCUACCCCUAACACAUGUACUGGAAUUUUAUGCCGAAUUCUAUGUGUUUUCGUGCGGCAUUAAAAUAGGCUACGGAACACCCUAUACGCUAACCGAUUCGGGUACCGGACUAUUGCCUGGCGUUACCAGUGAUCUGAAAUUGUUGCGGCCAACCAUUGCCGCAUUUGUACCGUUGAUAUUGGAUCGCAUUCACAGCGAUAUCAAUACAAAAGUAGCUAAAAGGGGAACCGUAUUUCGCCAGCUGUUCGACUUUGCCGUCGACUAUAAGAUCCAAUGGAAUCGUAGCGGUUUCCAUACGCCUAUUAUCGACCGAUUGAUUUGUACAUCAAUUCGCGAACAGUUUGGCGGCCAAAUUCAACAUGUGGUCAGCGGCGGCGCUGCACUGACGUCCGAUACGCACGAUUUUGUCCGGGCCUGUCUUAACAUUAAGUUGGCUCAGGGAUACGGAACUACUGAAACAUUUGGCACAGUCAUUGCACAGGAUUUCGAUGACCUGAGCAGCGGUAGUGUCGGCUCGAUUUAUACGGGCGUCAAAGUCAAACUGGUCAACUGGCCCGAAGGCGGCUAUACUGUACACGACAAGCCGAGCGCCCGUGGCGAAGUGGUGGUCGGCGGAACUAAUGUGGCAAUGGGCUACUACAAGAGCCCGCAGCUGACACAGGAAGCGUUCGAAGUGUCCGAAGACGGUACCCGAUGGUUCCGUACGGGCGAUAUAUUCGAAGUGACCGACGACGGCAUGUUUAAAGUGGUCGAUCGGAAACGUGAUUUAAUUAAAUUGCAAUUCGGAGAGUAUGUCUCACUGGGAAAGAUCGAGUCGGAGCUCAAAAAUAACCGCUUUGUCGACAAUAUCUGUGUCUACGGUGACUCCUAUAGGCAGUACUUAAUAGCGUUUAUAAUACCGAAUGCAGUAUCACUUAAACAAUUAGCCAAAGAGCUGAUGCCUACCAUCAACAACGGCAGCGGUGGUGGUGGUGGUGGCGAUAUCGGGUCGCUAUGGCGUCAAUUAUGUACAAAUCCGGCAAUUGUCGACUAUGUGGAAAAGGAUCUGAUGAGAUGGGCAACCAAACUGGGUCUACCUAAACGUGAGAUACCGGUGCGCAUCAAACUGUGUCCAGACGAGUGGACACCGGCUAACGGUUUGGUUACGCCUAUUAUGAAGAUCAAGCGCAAGAACAUACAGAAUCACUAUCAGUCGGAUAUCGAUAGACUAUACGAACGAAAACUGUAGCGAAAAAAAAAAAAAACGAAGAGUUAAUGUGAUGUCUGGAGGAGAAGGAGGAAAAGGAAGAAGUGAUUUAUAAUUAAAAAUAAUAGUUAAUUAAUUAAAUUAAUUAAUUAAUUGUCUCAUAAUAUAUAUAUAAAUAUAUAUAUAUAUAAAUAUAUAAUACUGUAUAUGAUAUAUAAGA